UUUCCAUCUAAGCAAUACCUUCGCUGCAUUGGUCACCAGAAGUAAUUAAGACAAAAAUAUAUAGUGAAUAUUUGUGUGAAAAAAAAAAUAAAAUACUGCAGAAUUAUCUAAAAAAGUUUCUUGUCGCCUUUCAUAAAAAAUAUCCACCCCCAAUUCGUCUGUAGAUAUAACGCUGGUGUAAGCUCUUCAUUUUCAAAAUGUCACCCUCACCAUUGUUCAGAUGCCAAGAACCGUCUUAGUUAAAUUCGAUUGUCUGACAAAUCUUCACAAAGGAUGCCAAAAUAUGGACAAUCUCGAAAACGCUAAUGGAUUUGCAGCUGGAUAGAAACCCAGUCUCUCCAGCACCAUCAUCAAAACCUCCACCACUAUCAACAAAAGCGCCACCUUUUGAAUCAGCAGAAGUUGUUAGAAUGGGAGCAUGUAUGGGUCGUUGUAUUGCGGAUAAGAGCUCCUGUUUGAAAAGAUGGCGUUCAACAGAUGAACACGAGACUGAACUUAUGACUGACGAUGAAGAUGACACCAAGACACAGAGGCGAAAAAACAAAGAACGGAAACAUAUUUUUAGAAUAAUUAAGUUUAGGCGAAAGAAUCGAAAACAAUUCAUAGACAAGUUUAUGGAACGUCAGGACUUAAAUUACUCAAGGCUGAGCAGGGCACCCACAACAGAACUCACGGACAUACAAUUACAAAGCCUUGAUGCUCAAACACUUCUAGUUACGGCCGCCAAUAAUGUCACCACGACCAAUACUUUCGUCCCGGCUGUAUCAUCACGCACCAGUUCCUCCCUCGAUCUAGAAUGGGAACACGAAUACGGUCAGCAUCACCACCAUCAACAUCAUCCAAAUCGCGGUCUCUCUCGAUCAUGGCUCUUCAUAGAUGGCGCUGAGGACGAUAUGAAUGCUGAUGAUGGCGAAACCAGUGGUGAUGACAAUAAACCACUUUUCAAUUCACCACCAUCAGAUGAUAGUAAUGGAUGUAGUACUUUACCAAAACAACACAAUCGAGCCUUCAAUGAACAAAUGACAACUUCACAAAUGGCCAAAAGUAACUCGAAUCUACAACACCAUCAACAACAACAACAGCAACAACAACAAAAUUUCACACGUACCUCAUCUCGAACUAGCUGGUCGCAUAUUUCUACUCCUGAAUCUCUCGAAUGGGAUAUCGAUGAAGAGCAAACAAAUCAAAUGCGCCUUGAAGAUGAUAAUUUGGACCACGAAACACUGGAAUUAUUGCAUCAAAUCGAAAUGCUCAAGAAUAAGGUACUAAAUGAGACUGGCGAUGGUCUGGAUGGAAUUGAAUUUCCCAAUAAUGGCGAUAGUUGAUUUAAUCGACAGUAAAAAAAAAAAAAAAAAAAAAAAAAAAACAAAC